AUGGGGGAAUGCGAUGCUGUGGGUCCUUGUACCUGGGACCACUGCUCUAUUAACAACCCAGAAAAUUCAGGAUGGAGUUUAUCUGCCUUCGUGAACCACGCUGUACGCAUCCAGGAGGGGCGCUACCGGCACCCGGGCUGCUACACCUGCGCAGACUGCGGGCUGAACCUGAAGAUGCGCGGGCACUUCUGGGUGGGGGACGAGCUGUACUGUGAGAAGCAUGCCCGCCAGCGCUACUCCUCGCCCCCCACCCUCAGCUCCCAGGCCUGAGCACCUGGCUGUGCUCUUAGCCCGCCCUCGACUCUCUGGACACCUCUGUGCCAGGGCCAUGCCAAUAGCAAGUUGGCAUGGAAGGGUGGUGGUGGGUGGUGGGGCCCCUUCCUCCACGCUAGGUGCGGCCAGGGCCUGGGACCUGUCCUGGGCUGUGCAUGAGGACGGCUUCGCCGGCCCAGGCCUGUGCUAGAUACUCUCACUUCCCCCUGCAGGACAGGCCGUGCACCAAAGUCGGCGGUGGGCACCGCAUUGGAUAUCUUUGUGCAACAGGGGUUAAGCAGGUUGGGACAGAGAGAGAAAUAUGUAGAAAGAGAGGGGUGGUCAUAGGCGAAAGGUAUUCACUCUGUAAAGUUUUCAACAUAUGAGCUCUAUAAAUAUAUAUACAUGGACAAAACAAA